AUGAAUCCAACGACUUCAGCAGGUCCCACGGCCAACUCUGUGUUUGUGGUGACACCCCCAAAUGGGUACACGGUGUUCCCUGGGGGCAUGUCUCAGGUGCCCCUAUAUGCGAACUGCCAGUCCCAAGUCCAUGUAAUUCAAGGGAACCCACCUGGUUCGUGGCCAUCUGUGAGUCAGCAACCCACGGAGAGAACCCUAAAAGAAGGCAAAGCCUUAGGGGCCAUCCAGAUCCUGAUUGGCCUGAUUCACCUUGGCCUCGGUUCCGUCAUGGCGACUGUCAUAGGGAACUACACUGCUGUCUCAUUCUACGGAGGCUUUCCCUUCUGGGGAGGCAUCUGGUUUAUCAUUUCAGGAUCCCUCUCGGUGUUGGCAGAAAAGCAGUCACGAUCUUCUUGUCUGCUGAAUAGCAGCGUGGGCUUCAACAUCGUCAGUGCAAUCUUCUCCAUGGUUGGACUUACACUCUUCAUCGUAGAUUUAAUUAUCACGGCUCCCUACGCCUACUCUGACUAUAAUCCUUACUAUCCCACCUGGGGCCGGGUCCCUGGAAUGGCCGUUUCUGGUUUGCUGCUCAUCUUCUGCCUCCUGGAGGUGUGCAUUGCAAGUGCAUCUGCCCACUUUGGCUGCCAGCUGACCUGCUACCAAACCAACAACGUGGACGUGGUGAUCCCAAAUGUCUACGUGACAAACCCAGUGGUCAUCCCAGAACCAGAGAACUCGCCACCAAAUUAUUCUGAGAGCCAGGGUGACAAAUAA